AUGAACCUGGCCCUACUGGCCGGGAGAGGGGAGCUCGUUGUGAUUUAUCCAGAUUUGGGAAAUGCAGCCUGCACUGUCAUCCCAAGAUGCCGUCAGUUUCGAAGACUGCUGAGUAAAGAAUGGGGAGAACCACGUGUAAAAUUUGUUCAAGCUAACAAGGACAUGAAAUACGUACUGAUAAUGGCAGAUCCAGAUGCCCCGAGCAAGGAAAACCCCAAAUACCGUUUCUGGAGACAUUGGUUGGUGACCAACAUACUUGGUAAAAAUCUCCAAACUGGGUUUACUCAAGGCACAGUACUCUCAGAGUACAGGCCACCCACCCCACCAUCUGGCACAGGGUACCACCGCUACCAAUUUUUCCUUUAUGAGCAGCCAGAUGAUAGAAUAAUCUCACUGAAUAAACAGGAAACGAAAUCCUUCGAUGUUCUUAAAAGUCUGGACAGCUCAGCUCCAACAUGA